CAACUGUUUACCAUCUACUAAUAGACACAGCGGACGGAGACACAUGCAGUGGUCAAAACCAUGGAGCCACUUCUUCUCCUUGCCAUCUGCUUUGUGGUCGCAAUGGCAGUGGUGAUUUCUUUGGUGAAAAGCAGAUCUAAUAGAACUCCAUCAAAUGUGACUUCAGUCCAAGUACCUGGACUUCAUCCAGCUAAAGGGAAUGGCGAUCAGGGCAAUUUGGUGGACGUUGCCACUGCGGGCAGUUUGCACCAGUUUCUGAUGGUGUUACACAAACAAUAUGGACCAAUCGCUGGAUUCUGGUGGGGCAAGCAGCACGUCGUCAGUGUAGCAUCACCCACCAUCUUCAAGAAUCUGGUCCAAGUCUUUGGCAGACCACCGGAGCUGUUUAAGUUGCUUGAACCACUGAUCACGGCAGACAGUAUCCAGUUCGCUAACUACGAAGAGGGGAGAAGACGACGUCGUGUCCACGAUAAGGCAUUCAGUCACGCAGCCAUUAGCCAGUAUUACAGCUCAUUCCAGAAGUUGCAUCUUUGAAAGUGACAUCAUCGAUGAACUUACUCUGAACUCGUGACCAGCUUAACCUCCCACUUCCCUCUCCUGCCUGGAAUGCACUCUCUCCCCCACCCCAGAGUUGUGCUGACAGCAAUCACUUUUGACGGCUUACCACUUAAUUAGGACACAUCCUAAAAGGAACUUGAGAAACAACCAAACAUUUAAGUGGCUGAGGAGGUAUCCUUGAAGUGGGCUGCGUCCAGUAACACUGAUGACCAAAUUCCACUUCAGAAGCACAUGAUAGACCUGGCAAUCAAAGCCAUUGCCCUGACGGCUUUUGGAGAAUGCUUUGAAGACA